AUGAAUGGCAAGGUUGUUCCUGGUCCCGAGCUCAAAGGAGCUGAAACUGUGGAAGUAAUGCUUGCCGGAGCUGUAGUUUGCGUACUAACAGCUAUGGAUCCCGAAUUCAUAGAACUCGAGGCCACCAUAGAUCUGUUCGUUGCUCAAGAAAUUCACCAAGGAAUCAUCAACAUGCCUCCAAGAGUAAGGGGACGAGGCAAGGGUCCCAUGCGUGGGGGACCGUCGUCAGCAGGACCAUCUCAUAGACGCACUCCAUCAGCGUCCUUUUCCACCUCCGACUCUCACGAUAUGUGGGGUCAACCUUUUGAGCCGGCAAGACACUCAGUCUCGCUAAGCUCAUCGCCUUCUUUCCACCCGUCCUUUGGGCCACUUGUUCCUGAUGAACCCCAACAUUCACACCACUCUCAGCAAUCUCACCAUUCUCACGAGUCUUACCAUUCAAACCACUCUUCGCAAUCCCAUUCGUUUCACCACUCUGAUUCCCUCUACUCCCCGGGACAGUUUAACCCAAACGACUAUGUUAACGAUUUUCUUGGUUACAACCCCUUGGGCCCUGAGGACCAUUUUUCUCAGGGGAUGGAAACGGACGAUGAUCCAGAUCCGGAGAUGCAGACCGGAACACCGGGUCACCCAAUCAGCAUAUCGAGUGGAUCCCCAUUUCAGGGAUCACCUUACAAUGGACCCGACUCGUUCCAGGAGAAAAUGGCCAAUUUUGAUUGGUUCUUUACCCCAUCUUACCAUAACUUUCCAACCCAACCACCUUUGGUUGAACCGCAGCUCCAAGCUGUCUCACCACCGCCACUUCCUGUAGAGGAGCCACCGCAGCCACCUCCCGAGCCUCCGAGGCAAAGAAGGAACGCGCGUAUGUCCGUACGGGGGGGACCUCGUUUCAGUUCUCCCCGGAGUUCGAGUUCUUAUCCCCCUAUUCCGGAGGAUCCCCAGAUGGGUGGGCCCUCGAAUGCGGCGCCGGAGGUUGAACCUCCGCCAGCUUCUUAUGCACCACCUGAGGCGCCUAUGGGUUUUGAUAACCCAAUCCCGACUUACCUAGGUUCUUCUGGGUAUAAUCCUUUUGAAAACCCAUCGGGGUACCCCUCGGACUAUGUAUCUCAAGACCUUUACCUUACGGCUGCGCAGUAUCACCAUCUUUACCCUUCUUCUUACCCUCCGGUUCUUCCAACUGGAUAUCCAGUACCGGGUUAUCAGUACCCACCGUACCAACAACCUCCUCCUCAGCAGCAGCAACAGACUCAGGAAAUCCUGGAGAGGUUAGAUAGGGUUGAGCACAAGGCUAGGAAAAACAAGGAGAAGCAUAAUAGCUUUAUGAAAGGCCUUGCAAACCUUAUCAAAGGGAAGAAGAAGUAUAGGAUUGUUUUAUUUUCUUGGUUGUUGUAA